UUGAAUUCAAAAUUACAACAGUUGAGAAAACCAUCAGGAAAGAAGAAGAAAUUAAACGAAAAAAAGAAACAUAUUGCUGUGAAAAUAAUGGAAGAAAGGAGUGUGGAAAAAUACUCCUCAACUGAAUUAUCUAAAAAUUCGGAAAUUUUCUGUGUAAAUAAAGAUCCAGUUGCCACCCUGAAUAAAAUUUUCGGUCAAGUCCACUGUAAGUCCAGCCUGGUUGCUGGUGUCCAUAAUAAAUGCUGUUUCAAAGUCUCUCUGCAAAUGGAAGGUAGACAUUUUAGUGCCACAGGCAAAACAUUUAAGCAGGCACAGAAAUCAUGUGCCCUAGCAGCAUUGGCCAAUUUGUGUAAUGUUUUUGUUGAUAACAACAACUUGAAGACAUGUAUGCCUGCCCAGGUAGCAGUUAAGGAGAAACUAAGCACUAAAGAUGAAUUGCUUAAUAAUAGUAUUAAUGAAAUUGAUUCGAAUGCAAAUCCAGAUAUUACUGAAAUUGUUAAUGAAGGUAAAGAACCUAUUAAGGAAAUGCCUGAAAAUGAAUCCAAUGCCUUAACAACUCUUCCAAAAACGCUAGAUGCAAUAGAUAACAUAUCUCUUCAAAAAGAACUUAUACCAUUAACUAUAAAAGAAAUUGAAGCUAAAUGUUUGGAUGAAAAAUCUAUCCCUUUGGAAAAUAUUACAAAUUUGCCAACAACUAGCGGUUCUCAACCAAAAGUAGCUGAAACUAGGUCACAAAAUGCAAGUUGCAAAAAACUUUUUAAUAGCGAGAACAAAUCCGAAUUAGGCAACAUGUUAAGCAAUAAACUAAAAACUUGUCAAGUGAACCGUAAAACUCUUACAAAUAAAACAUUUUCCACAAUGAAUAUGGAAAAUGUAGAGAGUGUGGAGAUGAAAGUAUGUGUGAAGAGCUAUGCUAGAAAUCCCAUCGAAUCUUGCGACUCCAGUGUAAUGAUAAUUGAGGAAAGCGUUCAUAAAUCUCAAAAAAUUAUUUCAGUAAACAACAACCAGCAUCCUAGAUCAUUAAAGAGACGUCAUGGUGAUAGUCCACAAAUUGAACAACCAUUGGCCAAAAGACGUGCAACUAAUAAAUGUAAAACUAUGUGCCAAAUGCCCCAAAAUAUAGCAACUCUUGGCAGUAGCCGGUGGUCUCAAAAAAAUACAAAUGCUGUAAAGGCUUUACAAAAGUUAUGUCCAAAUUUACAAUUUACUUUGGAGGCAGAAAUGGGUUCCGCUGUAGUUCCCUACUUUAUGAUGUCGGCCAUAGUAGAUGGACGCAAGUUUUUCGGUCACGGCAAAACUAUACAAUUAGCUAAACACGAUGCAGCUGUACAAAUUUUAAAUCAUUUAGAAAAACAACCCGUAAAUCUGAAUGACAAUAAUUUUUCAAAAACACCAUCAAAUAGACAAAACAACCAACAAAUGGUUUUACAAAAUAAUAAUACUAAUAGAAAUAAUGCAACUUCAUACGAUUUGCAAUCGGUAUAUCUUAAUAAUAACAAGAAUAGACAAAAUAACCAACAAUUGGUUUUACAAAAUAACAAUAGAAAUAACGCAACUUCAGCAUAUCAAUUGCCUACCCAGAACGCGGAUAUAGUGGAAGCCAAAAUAAUGCAAAAAUUUGAACAAUUAACUAGAGGCCGUCAAGAGAUUCGUGAGUAUAAAGUUUUGGCUGGCGUGGUAAUGACCUUUAAUAUGAAUUUUGAAAAGGCCAAAGUAGUAUCCAUUGCUACUGGCACUAAAUGUAUUAAUGGUGGUAAUAUCUGCUGCAAUGGUUCCGUGCUUAAUGAUUCACAUGCUGAGGUAGUAGCGAAAAGAGGUUUAAUGAAAUAUCUCUAUAACCAACUACGUUGGCAUUGCGAUCCGGAAUUGGAAUAUAAAUCAAUAUUUCAAAGAAAUCCUGACGGUUUACAAAUACCCUAUUCUUUAAAAUCCAAUGUACAUUUUCAUUUGUACAUUAAUACAGCCCCCUGUGGGGAUGCCCGCAUCUUCAGUUUUAAUGAUCAAUUUAAUACGAAUAACAAUAAGACGUUUAGCUCUUUUAAUAAUGGCCAAUAUGGCCAAUUACGUACUAAGGUUGAGGGCGACAUGGGUACCACACCGGUUGGUACACGCUAUUAUCCUCAAACCUGGGAUGGUGUUUUACUGGGCGAACCUUUACUAACCAUGUCCUGUUCAGACAAAAUAGCCCGUUGGAAUGUGGUGGGUGUACAAGGAGCUCUCUUGUCCCAUCUGACAGAACCUAUUUAUUUGCAUUCCAUUGUUUUGGGUAGCAUGUUUAAUGCUAAACACUUGAAUCGUGCCUUUUGUGGACGUAUUCAACAUACCUUAGGCUACUUACCACAACCAUAUCGCCUAAAUCGUCCUUUAUUGGGCCAGACCAGUGCACCAUUACCCCGUAAUACUUAUAGGGUGCCUAGUAUAGGUAUCAAUUGGAAUUUUGGCGAUAAUGAUACUGAAAUCAUUUCAUUGCCUACAGGACGUAGAAUUUACAAUGAGACAUCCUUGUUAUCGAAACAAGCUUUCUUUUAUAACUAUAACUAUUUGUUGAACAAUUUACCAAAUGUAGGCGGUGCCUGUAUGAGCAAUAACUAUGCUGAGGCAAAGGAAAAUGCUCGAUAUUUUCAAAUUGUUAAAAAAGAAAUGUUUGCGGCAUUUUAUCGUGCAGACUUGGGUAGUUGGGUUAAAAAACCUAUCGAACAAAAUGAAUUCACUAUGAAUUAAUUUUUUUAAAGAAAUUAUUAAUUUUUCUACGAAUAUUUUUCGAAAACAGAUUAGGGUCUGUUUGAGGAAUAGACAAUUUAAUUUUGUGUUUUAACACUUUCGUUUUAAUAUUAGUAAAAUACAUAAAGGUAUAUGUAUGUUUGUAUUAAAUUUUCGAUGUUAACAAGUUUAGAUAACUUGAGAAAAACAAAGUUUAAUUUGUUUUGUCUCAAUUGAGAAAAUAAUAUUUUAAAAUUAUUAUAAGUUAAAAACCAGACAAAGUUUUUCUUUAUAAAAAAUGAAUUAAAUGCAGUGCUUUUUUUGUAAAUACUUUUAUGCUUAAAAUUAUUUUUAAGCAUACAAAAAGUAUUGUUAUAAAAUUUUUAUUUUGUUUUAUGUUAAUUUUGUUACUUUUAUGUUUGGUUAAAGUGAUUUUUUUUUAAUUUAAGCUUUAAAUGUUAUGUGAAUUAAAUUUUGAUUUAACUUAAAAAAAAAAAACUUUUUUAUAAAUCAUUAAACUUAAAACACUAUGUUGUUUUAUAC